CCCCCUCCCCCCCUGUCCGCACGGCCCCCACUCUCCAGUGACGUCCCAAGUUCGCGGGGCUCCGCACGUCACGUCCGCACUUGAACUUGGGGUCAUAAGCGGCGGCUGGGAGGCUCGGCAUCGCAGAAUCCCUCCUCCGCCCGCGCUCGCCGCCAUCUUACUAUUCUCUCUCUGUGUGUGUGUGGGUGCUGCCGGGCCAAGGGAGAGGGGGGGGACAACGACGACGACUCAGACGGAGAGACGCGGAGGGGGAGGCAACGGAGGGGACAGACACGGCGGGGAGAUAAUCGGAGUGAGCGGGCAGAGGAGGACGAGGGGGGUGGUGGUGGUGGGGGGGGUGAAGGAAGAGCGAGAGAGGCGCGCAGACGGCUCGCGCGGCCGCCGCGUUGCGCCCCUUGCGCCGCGCCCACGAGGAGCCGACGGGGAGCGCGGGCGCCGCUCGUGUUUGCCGCCGCCGCCACAGCCGGCGGCGACACACGCGCACGAUGUCUCGGCGCAAGCAGGUGAAGCCGCUUCACCUGAGCAAGCGAGACUUCCCCCUCCACUCGUCUCAAGCGGGAGCGGCGCUUUUAGGGGAGGAAGAGGCGGAAGAGGAGGAAGAGGCCGAGGAGGAGGAGGAUGAAGGCGAUGGUGGUGGAGGCGGGGAGGAGCAGGAGGAGGGAGUCGAGGAUGCGAACGGCGCCUCGACCCGAGCCGUCACCUCCACGGCCGCGGCUGGGGACGAAGCCACGGCGGGUGCGGUGGUGGCGGCGGCGGCGGCGGCAAGGGGGGCUCGGGGCUCGGCAGGGGUUGGAUUGGGGGGACCUCUGUCCGAGGGGGCAGGCGACCUCUUGACGUGUGGCCGGUGCCGCGUGGCGUUCCCGCUCGCCCACAUCGUCCUCUUCAUCGAACACAAGGUCCGGCGGUGCCAGCCCGCGGGGCCCUCCCCCUGCCGACCCCCCAAGGGGGCGCCCCCCCAGGCUGGACCCCGCUCGUCCCCCGUCCGAGGGGGUUCGACGGUAGCCGCGGCUGCGCACCCCGGGCCUCCGCCUCCUCCCGCACCGUCUUCGGUGUCGCUCCGAGCGAAGCGCAAACAGCAUCAUCAGCAGCAGCAGCAGCGGCGGCAGCAGCAGCAUCAUCAGCUGGAGACCCAAGUGGACGGACGUGACAACGAGGACGAUGGGUACGGGGACGAUGACGAGGAUGAUGGAGACGAGCGGAAGGAGCGACUGACAAGGAGCAAUGACAGCGUCACUGCGGGCAAGGCCGAGCCGAGCGCCCACGUCUGCGUCUCGUGCGGCCGCGUGUUCCGUGCCGCGUGGCCUCUCAUGCAGCACGCGCAGCGCGCGCAUGGCAUCGGCAUCUACCUGGAACGUGGAGUGGCCACCGGUGGCGGCGGUGGCGGCGUGGCUGGAGGAGGUGCGGCUGGUGGGGGUGGUGGCGGAAUCGUCAACGCCGCCGCCGCCACCACGACAUCAACCGCGGGCGCUGCGCAGCGUCGGGGCAGCCCCGAGGCCGACGACGCCAGGGGCAGCCCCCGGUUGGGAGCGGCGGGAGUCGGCGGGGGCAGCGCCUCUUCGUCCUCCGCCUCGUCUGCGGCACCGCCGGCCGUCGCCUCGGCCGCGGCGGCGAGGCUUGGAAUCUCCACGGCGGAGACGGCGGCUCCGAUGCAGCUCACGGCUUCGGCUUCGUCGGCGUCGGCGGCGGUGGCCGCGGCUCUGCCCUUUGAAGGCAGCCCGCUGAACUUGCUGCGGUUGGCAGGGGUCGGCGUUGGGUUGGGUGAGGUGCGCUUGGGAACACCGCCGCUCUUCACCACUCCUGGCCACCACCACCACCACCCCCACCACGCCCACCACCACAACCCGCACGCCACGCACCACCAGCCGCCGCCGCAGCAGCUGCCCUCGGGGCGCGGCAGUGAAGAUCACUUGCUGCCCCCGUGUCUCGGAGGGGCCGCAGGGCCAGGAGGCGGCAGCGGGACAUCGGCCGGAGGGCAGCGCGGGGUGGCGCAGAUCACCAUGGAGCCUGGCAUGGACUUUUCUCGCCGGCUCCGAGAACUGGCCAACAACACCAGCCAGCACAACAAUAGCAACAACAAUAACAACAACAGCAGCGGCGGAAUCAACAACAAUAACAACUUGAGCGGUUGCAGCAACAACAGCGGCUCCACUCCGCCAAUCUCCCCGGGGAGACCGCGUCUCCUACAGUCUCCGCCGGGGACCCUGAGCUUCCUAGGGACCCCCGGACUGGGAUCUUUAGGAGGGGGUCCCCUCUCCCCGCUGCAGACCCCUAGCGGCAAUGGGGCCCGGCCCCCCGUGACGGGGUCGCUGACCCCGCCCGAUCUCGCCUCGUCGCUCGCCCUGCCCGCGGCGGCCGGGAGUGCGGCGCGCAAGUCGUGCGAGUUCUGCGGGAAGAGUUUCAAGGCCAGCAAACUCAAACGCCACAUGCGCACGCACCACCACCACCAGCACCACCACCACCCGAACCUCCUCCUCCACCACCACCACAACCAGCACCGGCGGCGACACGACAGCAAGCAACAACAACAACAACCGGCAUCGUCGUCAUCUUCCCCGUCCAUCACCCCGGACCCUCUGGCCCGGGUCAAGGUUGAGGACGGCCAUUCCGCCGAGGGCAGCUCCCCGGAACCGGACCCUGGCGGCGGCGAGCGGAGAAGGGGGGGCCCCGCGCCACCGGGCAGCGCGAGUUCCGUGCUGCGCUCCGUGGUCGCCCAGUACUGCAACGACUUCUCGGCACGGGCGGCCGCAGCCGUGGUGGCCUCGGCCUCGCCGGGCCCGACGGGCACAGCGACGACGACGGCGUCGACGGCGGCGGCGGCCGUGGCCGGGAACGGGGGCGGCGAGGCGGUGGGGGGGGAGGAGGAGGAAGACGAGGUGGAGGAGGAGGAAGAGGAGGAGGAGGAAGAAGGGGAGGGAGACGCGGAUUUGGAGGAGUCGGAUGAAGAUGACGUGGAGGACGGGGUCGAAGCCGAGGCCGAGGAUGAAGAUGAGGACGAGGAGGAGGAGGGCGACGAGGAGGAGGUGGGCGACGACGAGGCUGCGGAGCGCGGCCGCGCCACCCACAGCGCGCUCUCCCACGCCAUGUCUGCCAGCGCGGCCAUCAUGAGCCUGAGCAACAGCCGGCCGUUCAGCGAGGCGCUGCUGCGCCGGACGCUCUCCACCUCCUGCUCCUCUGACUCCAAGCUCGCGCUGCUGCCCGGAGGCCCGGCCGCGGGGCAGCAGCAGCUACUGCUGCCCGCGCUCAGGAAGGCCGAUGGCCGCGUCGCCCAGUCGGAAACGCUCGCCAAGGGCAGCGGCGGCAUGGGCGGCGUGGGUGGUAACGGCGGCGGUGGUGGCACGACGGCGGUGGGCAGGCUGCCCUUCGAUGCCAAGGGCACCGCCGCAUUCUCCCUGGACGCCCUCGUGUGCGGCGCUUCCGACCGCCUGGGCCUCGAUGCGCUGCUGCUGCGAGGCCACCUGCACGACGCCUUCGGCCCCCGCAGGAAGGGGACGGCCGCCGCCGCCGCGGCCGCCGCCACAGGCACCGCCGUCGGCUUCGAGGGGGGCGACGCGGCGGGGGGGUGCGGCGAGGACGCCGUGAACGGCCGCGGGGGCAGCCCCUCGGCCCUGCAGGGGGGCCGCGCCUCCGGGGGCAGCCCCAUCAUGCCCGGCAAGCGCAUCAAGCUGGAACGGGAGGCGGACGUCGGGGGCAGCCCCCUCGCUCCGCCGGCCUCGUCGCUGGCCCCGCUGUCCGCGCUGCCCACAGAGAACGUGUAUUCGCAGUGGCUGGCCAGCUACGCGUCCUCCCGCCAGCAGCUCAAGAAGGAGGGGUUCGCGUCCCUGGGGCUCGGUUCCGUGCCGGGCUCCGCGGUGGCGUCGGGGAUCGUCGGCGACUCGCAGUCGCGCCGCUCUCCUUUCGCCUGCUCCUCUGCCUCGUCCGACAACGGCAGCCUCCAGCUGUCGACAGCCUCGCCCCCUCUGCAGCCGCACGUCCACCACCACCACCACCAGCAGCACCAUCAGCAGCAGCAGCAGCGCGAAUCUGGCGAAGACACGAGCUCCGAGCCCAGCGCGGGCAGUCCCGCCAGCUCGAGCAACGGGCGCUCUGGGAGCGCGGGCGGCGGCAGCGGCGCCGGCAGCAACCGCUGCGAGUUCUGCGGGAAGUCGUUCAAGAACGGCAGCAACCUCACGGUCCACCGGCGGUCGCACACGGGCGAGCGGCCCUACAAAUGCGAGCUGUGCAGCUACGCGUGUGCGCAGAGCAGCAAGCUGACGCGCCACAUGAAGACGCACCUCAAGGGCAGCGGCGGAACGGUGGUGCCGGUGGCGGCGGCGGCAGGAGGAGUGGCGGCUGGAGGAGGAGGUGGUGGAGGAGGAGAAGCGUUCCGCUGCGACGUGUGCCAGAUGGCCUUCAACGUCCACGCCACGCUCAUUAAGCACGUGAAGAAGUGGCACCGGGCGGCCAAGCAGGACGGCGUCGUGGCCGCCGCCGCCCCCGCCGUUGCCGUCGUCGUGUCGGCCGCCGCCGCCACCGCCACUGUCAACAACAACAGCGGCAGUGGCAGCAGCAGCAGCAACAACAGUAGCAGCAACAGCGGUAGCGGCAGCAGCAACAAUGUUGGAAACAGCAACAGCGCGAGCGCUGGGGCGGCCGAAAUUAAGUUGGAGCCAGCCGAGUAAGUGGGGCAGGGAGGAGGGGUGUGGCUCGGGUUGCAUUGGGGUUGCCCGACUUCAUGCUAUCUUGAGCCCCGCCCACCCCACCUCCACCAUGGUCAAUGUGCUUCUUGCGCGUGCACCAAAUUAUCUGAAUGCCGAUUGGUCGUCAUCAAACUACACACGCCUGAUGAUUGGUGAACACGUCUCCACUUGACGGAGAGAGCGCUGAUUGCAAUGGAGACCGACAUUUGUGUGUGUGCGCUUGUGUUCCCCGCGUGGGGAGCGGUGGGAAAGUGGUUAGCCCUGCUGCGCUACGAUCACGGCAAACCGAGUUCGAUUUCCGCUCCCGACUAGAUCUGGUGCGAUGUGCGUAAAACAUCAGCACUGGAGAAACAAAGGCGGCCGGGCGUGAUGUUGGCUACCCACCCCCUUCGUGUGGUGUGCCGACCUCCGUUGGUGCUCGCUCACAGCACUUGCCCCAACAGUCCGUUAACGCUAUACGGGGGAUCUUUGUCUUUGUUCCCCGCGUGACGCUGACGGCCCUGAUUUUAAAUUGAGGUUUAAGAAGAGCGCUCCGCGUUUUGAUUGACGUGUUUAGCACUCAUGAGGCGCGUGCGGCGUGUGCCGACUUAAUGUGCAGUUGAAAGGAGAACUCUGGAAAACAUGGAAAGCCGGAUCGUGGUGGAGGUCGUGCGGAAUGGAGCCUCGGAAAUCACGAGGCCGGGUCGGGUUCGUGAUGACUUCCGAGAGGAGCUCACGCACGAACGACACUGACACACACAAAGACAAAUAUCCCCCAUAUAGCCUUAACAGACUGUUGGGGCAAGUGCUGUUAGCGAGCACCUAUGAACGCUGGUACGGCACACGACGGGGUGAGUGGCCAACGCCACGCCCGGGCGCCUUUGUAUCCCUCGUGGCGAUGUUUACACACUGCACCAGGUACUCAUUUGAGGCUGAGUCGACCUAGGGGAGGCCCAGGACCGGUCCAGAUAUUUGUUACCGAUGCUGGCCGUAAGCGAGAUUCGUAGCACGGCGCACUAACCGCAACGCCGCCGCUCCCCACACUGACCCGCACACACACAGACACUCACUGACA